AUGAUUCCGUACGAGAAAGGCGACGUCGAGGUUCAGAUCCAAGGAUAUCGGUUUCUGAUUUGUUCCUCAGUGAUGUUAGCAACGUCACCUGAAUUUCAGAAGCUUCUUACCACGCAACAUGGCACGCUGCGUAAGAGACUCGAGCUUCCAGAUGAAGAUCCUGUGGCCUUUCACCUGAUCUGCCAGUCGGCUCAUGGCUCAUUCAUACCGCAAGCUCACAUAUCGCUGGAAACACUGGUGAGAAUGGCUGAUACUAUUCAACGAUAUAAGAUCCCCACCACGUCGCGCGUGCACCACACCGUAGCAUUUAGCUUCAUCACACAAACCUUAAGACCGGAGACACUCUCCACAGCUAGACUUCUUUCACUUCUUCGCAUAGCCAAGGUUCUGGGCCCUACUAAAUACCACCAACUACUUCAAGAUGUGUUUCUUGUUCGUCCCCUUCAAUUUGGGCCAUUGCCUACCGAGCAGGCCGAUGGCGGUCAGGACACAGAUUGUGUUAUACUGUUAGCAAAUUUGAUGCUGCGAGGUGCAGCCUGUCGCUCAGAAGUGGCAAGCACACUGUUGAGUUCGCCAGGUACCAGCGACACUCUCCUUGUACAGGAGAAAAACGACUUAGCUGUGUGGAUCCUCAAGGAGGACCCCAGCCUACAAGACAUCAAUACUCGACUUCGAAGUUUGAGGAGCGCUGUAGAUCUGCAGAGGGAACAGCUACUAAAUGCUAGUGGAGCAAUCGAGGAGGCAACUGCAGAUAUCAGCCAUUACGUCCGCAAUACAAUAGAAAAUGCUCAGGAAUCUGAAGAAGAUCACACACAAGAGGCUGGGAAGCUAGACAUAAAUCAUGACAUCAAACGCCUAGAUGUCCAAAUUGCAGAGGACGGACGGACAUCGAGAAAAUUAUUGGAUAUCGAUGACCUGGGCUCAGAGUGCGUUUCUCCCAGCAGUACUCAAUUCGAGGACAUGGAAGCCUACAGCGAACCAAUAAACAAUUUCCUUGGUGGGCAUUCCGAUUUCGAAGACGACGAGUCCGUAACUUCUGCCAGGACGGUGUAA